CCCUCGCGGCGCGCAGUCGUCCCCCGGUACUCGCGAGCGAGUGUCGCUCUCUUUCUCGCAGUCACAGUAGUCAGUCGCGCCGUGUCAUCGAGAGUUUUGUACAUCAUCAUCCUCGUCGUCGUCGUUCGCGAGUGCAGCGAGAGCUGAUCCUCACGGAGAUGUAUCGGCUGAUGGAGAGAUCCCGCGCUGAGCAUGUCCUCGCCGUGGAGGUUCCGUGAGAAGAGGCUGCGAACGAGAGGAAGAGACAGCAGCAGGCGUCGCUAAAGGAGAAUGGAAUCGACGAGCCGGGGGAUCGCCACCUCCGAAUUGAGAAGCCGCAGCAGUAGCAGUAGCAGCAGCAGUAGUCGCGAGUGUUGAGAAACGCGGGUUUACCUUCGGCCUCGCACACAGUCGGAAUUUUAAGGCUAGCCUUGCCCCAACAGCUCUUCAGUCGGCCUCGACACUCUGCAGCUGCAUCGUGGUCCACCGACGUCUAUUCGUUCCGAAAGCUCAAGCCGAGUCCAGAAUUCUUCCUGCAGCCGAGAGAGAGUCUGGUGCGCGAGGGAAAGGCUAUCGGUGAGUUUCGCUCCUCAAUCAUCGUCGCGAGUUUAUGUCACAUCGAUUACAAGACACGGGUUCGUUGUCGUGGCUGCGAAGAAGCUGCUGCAGCGGAGUAGCCUGCGCUACGCUGAAGCUUCGGGAGAACACGCGGCAGCGGAGAAAUGAGGCGGACGUGACGUCACAAUGACAUGAUGAAGAGCCUGGUGGGGAUCAUGUGGAUUGUGUUGGUGCUCAUAUCAGGAUGCUCGGGGAAUCCGGACGCGAAGCGUUUGUACGACGACCUCCUCUCCAACUACAACAAGCUCGUCCGUCCGGUCGUCAACGUGACGGAUGCCCUGACAGUUAAAAUCAAGCUCAAGCUAUCGCAGCUGAUCGACGUGAACCUGAAAAAUCAGAUUAUGACGACGAACCUAUGGGUCGAGCAGUCAUGGUACGAUUACAAGCUCAAAUGGGAUCCGAAGGAGUACGGGGGCGUCGAGAUGCUGCACGUUCCUUCCGACCACAUAUGGAGACCCGACAUAGUUUUGUACAACAACGCCGACGGCAACUUCGAGGUAACCCUGGCGACGAAAGCCACGCUCAACUACACCGGCAGAGUCGAGUGGAAGCCGCCAGCGAUUUACAAGUCUUCCUGUGAGAUCGACGUCGAGUACUUUCCCUUUGACGAGCAGACCUGCGUCAUGAAAUUCGGCUCCUGGACGUACGACGGCUUUCAGGUCGACUUGAGGCACAUCGACGAGGUGCAAGGCAGCAACGUAGUCGACAUAGGCGUGGAUCUCUCCGAGUUUUAUACUUCCGUCGAGUGGGAUAUCCUCGAGGUGCCGGCUGUCAGGAACGAAAAGUUUUAUACGUGCUGCGACGAGCCCUACCUCGACAUCACCUUCAACAUCACCAUGAGACGGAAGACCCUCUUCUACACGGUCAAUCUCAUAAUUCCCUGUAUGGGGAUAUCCUUCCUCACGAUACUCGUCUUCUACCUGCCCAGCGACAGCGGCGAAAAGGUAAGUCUGUCAAUUUCGAUCCUGCUGUCGCUCACCGUGUUCUUCCUGCUGCUGGCUGAGAUCAUUCCGCCGACUUCUCUCGUGGUGCCUCUCCUCGGGAAGUUCGUCCUCUUCACGAUGAUCCUCGACACGCUAAGCAUAUGCGUGACUGUGGCGGUACUGAACGUGCACUUCCGUUCGCCGCAAACGCACGUGAUGAAGCCCUGGGUGCGCCGUGUCUUCAUCCACGUUCUGCCCAGAUUACUGGUUAUGCGCCGUUUCAUUCCCAGGCCGCAGUACCAGAUCGACAAGCGCAGCCUGACGAGCGAUCCGCACGUCGUCGCAGCCGCGGCCGCGGCGGCGCACCAUCACCACGGGGGUAGCGGCGCCGGCAGCCUCUGCGGGCAUCCCUCGCAGCGCGUCAUGGUGCGCACCUGCAACGGCCUGGAGCUCAGGGAUCCGUCCCUCUACGCCGAGGCCUCGGCCUCCGAGCUGCUCGAGUCCUCCGUGCUCUUUCCCAGUCUCGACUCGCGAGACGAACUGAAUCCCAGGUUCAUAGAGCUGGAAGCGAUGAACCUGGGCAGCCAGUGCCGGAUCCACGGCUCGCCGGCGGCGCCGGCACCGACAUCCGCGACAUCGGCCGGCCGGACCUUGCCGACCGAGGACAGCGUCGAGGCCCUCUGCCACAGCCUCAAUCACUGGCAUCAUUGCCCCGAGCUCUACAAGGCCAUCGAGGGCAUACGAUACAUCGCCGAUCACACCAAGCGCGAGGAGGACUCCACCAGAGUAAAGGAGGACUGGAAAUUCGUAGCCAUGGUGCUGGACCGUCUGUUCCUGUGGAUCUUCACGCUGGCGGUGGUGGUCGGCACCGCGGGUAUCAUCCUCCAGGCGCCGACGCUCUACGACGACCGCUUGCCCAUCGACGUGCGACUCUCGGAGAUCGCCUCGACCACUGCCAAACCGCACAUCGUCACGACCCUUUGAGAGGGUCAACACAACUACUACUACUACAACUACUACUACUACUACUCCUACUAUUACUACUAUUACUGCUACUACUAUUACUACUGUUACGACUACUACAGCGACCAGUGCUACUCGUCUUCUUCGCUCGCUACCACCGCUGCUUACGCUACUGCUGCUGCUGCUGCUGCUGCUGCUGGCCUCCUCGUCCAGUCGUCGAUCUUCGCUUAGUCUCGUCCGCGGCUUUGCGAGAGAAUCGUUAAACUGCAGCCGGCUGCAUCGAUCCGAUCGCGUCCGCGUGACUUUUUCAAUCCGCGCAGUCACCGCGCGAGGAGUCCAUCAUUCCUCGCCGACGUUAUACCCCCCUCGCUCCAUAGCACAUAGCUCGAAGAAUAAGGGCAUCCGAUAAAUCUUCGCUCGCUCGCGCGCGAGUCCUGUUUUCGAGGAUAAAGAGAUGUCAAUCGCGCGCCGAAGUCGUUCUCACACACGUUUUACAGCCCCCGGCUCCGCUCAUUUCCGGCUCUCGCGAUUUACUUCGAUCCUCCGAGAGUGUACGGAGGGGACAGAGGAGAGGACAAUGCGCUUCAUCUACUAUAUACGCCAUCUGCACUUUUCGACGAGCUCUCGAUUUAUUUCACGCCGCUCUCGACUCGCGACUAAACGUCGUUAAACGCUUUAUUUGCUCUUUAUCUAUCCACCAGCUCUCUCGAUUCGUUUCCGUGAUUGAAAAUUUUACGUUGCUACUCGCUGCAGUAGUUUUGCUUGGCGCUUUGCAGAGUGAGUCGAAAAAAAAAGUCAAACUUCCCGCCACCGUGAAAUUCGCGAAAGCGCAGAGAAGAAUGCACACAGAACGCGAGAGAGAGAGAGAGAGAGAGAGAGAGAUGCAUCUCUCCUUAACCCACUUUUAAUCAAGGGAGUGCAAGUGACCGCGAGAGAAACCCGCGCCAGCGAACAAAAGGGUAUAUGGACUUAGCCGCAGUCGAGCGCACGUUUCCGCCCUCCUUUGACUUUUUUCAAGGCGAUCGUAUGUAUUUAAACUUCGGGACGUGGUAUCGAAGGAUUUUCAAAGCGAGCAAAAAGCGCAGAGGGAGUAUAGACGGUCCAAAUUUUUUGUGGUUUUUAUCACGAUCCUCUCGGAAGUGCGCGGACGACGACGAUGCGUUUGUAUGUGUGUGUGUGUGUGUGUGUGUGUGAGAGAGACGAGAAUACGUGAGCUGAUGUGUGCGCAUUGUACACGUGAAAGAAGUUCGUUGUAAGGGAAGAGGAGUAAUCGGUUUUGGAGGGAUUAGUCGGUGUACUUAAUCGCGGAGCACGAGCUUGAUUUUAUAAUUCUUUAUACUUUCACGUGUGCAAUAUUCGCUGCAUCGAUGCCUGUACAGUUGCAGAGAACUCGGAUCGAUCACGAGCAAAGGAGGACAACGGAAUCGUUGAAAAGAAUGGAUACUCGGUGAUUAAACAAGUUUGUGACAUCGAGCCUGCGUCAAAAGGGGCCAGAUUAAAAAAAAAAUAAAGAAAAAAAAAAUGAACCAGUAGAUCGAAAAGGAGAAAAACAAAAGCAAAGAGCUGAGUAUGCGAGGUAUGGGAGGGAGAGAAAUCGCUAUAUAAGGGCACACUAACCCUGUUCUCUACUUAUAACGUGCAAUGGAAAUUCUAAAUAAAUCUGCAUCGACGUGUAAAGUUGUAUCGUGUAGGUGCGCGCGAGCGAGGCAGGUCGAGGGGUCCACUCGAGGAAAAUGUGUA